AUGGCGGCGCCGGCGAACAAGAACAUCAAAGACCUCAACGGCAAAUGGAUUAUCAACAAAACCCACAGCGACUCCACCGACCCCGUCCUCGCCCUCCAAGGCAUCGGCUGGAUGACGCGCAAAGCCCUCGGCCUCGCCACCGUUACCCUGCACACCAAGAUGUACACCAAGACGCCCGAGGACAAUGCCGCCGCCGGGGACGUUAUCCACAUCGACAUCGACCAAUUCGCAACGGGCGGCGUCAAAGGCACCUCGGAACAUCGUGCCCUGGACUGGAAGUACCGCCCGCACUCGGACUGGCUGUUUGGCGAGCUGCAGGGGCGCAGCAGGUUGACGACGCUGGACGCGGUAAGAAAGGAGGCGAGGGAGGAGGGCGGGACGAAGGCGAGCGAUGCCGAGUAUGUUACUGAGGGGUUUUUGGCGGAGACGGAGGGCGGGGAGACGAUUGAGAGUUGGGUGGAUAACGAGGGGAAGAAGUGGACCGGGUGGCAGAUCUGGGGCUUUGCGACGGUCAAUGGGGAGAGGUGGCUGGUGAGGAAGUUUGCGAUCAGGAGGAAGGAUAAGGAUGAGGUUGUGAAGGUAAGGCUGUGCUAUGAGUGGGCUGGGGAGCUGGAUUCAUGA